AUCCUAACCAAAUGAAAAUUGAUGUAUUCGCAACGGCGCUACGGUAGUUAGUAAAGAAAUUAGUUCCCUACUACUCCAAUAAUUAUUAUACCGCGAGAAUCCUUGAGUUACGCAAUUACCCAACCCUCGAAUCUCUCUCUCUCUCCCAAAUCCAUUCUAAAUACCUGUUGCUACUGUGUUUCUUUGCUUAGUUGCAAUUCCGUAUUUGUUCUGAUUACUCAUACGCGAUCAUUCACAUCGCCAUGAAUCCAAUCCUCUGCCACGAUUGAUAGCAAACGAAACGGAAGCAGUCGAUCAAAUUCGCGAAACUCGUUUAGUUAUCUUCAGUUGAUUCGAACUCUGCACUUGUCCUCGUCCGACCUAGGUGUAAUAUCCAGUAAUUUUUCAGUCUCUUUCUUUCUGCAAGCGAGGGGAAGAUGGCAGACUUGCCUUAUCACAUAAGAUCUUGCUUGCAUACUGGGAAACUUGCCUUGCUAGCGAUUCUUGUCUCGGGGGGGAUUGUACUGCAAAUACUGGCUUGUGCUUUAUACAAUAAUUGGUGGCCAAUGUUGACAGUUUUAAUGUAUGUACUUUUACCGAUGCCUUUACUCUUCUUUGCUGGAUCCAACGCCUCUUCCCUUUAUUCUGAAUCAAGUAGUGGUUGGAUAGAUGCUACUAAGUUUCUGACUGGUGCUUCAGUAGUUGGUAGCAUUGCUAUACCAGUUAUUCUCAAGCAUGCUGGAGUAAUUUGUUGGGGAGCAUUAGCAAUGGAGCUUUCAUCCUUUUUCAUAUUUGGUAUGGCCAUUUUGUGUUUUAUUGGGACGAACGACGAUGAUGCGUACAGCAUGUUUUAGACUAAAGAUCAGAAGCCACCUCCUUGCCUUUCUUCUUAUGAUGCAUUGGCUCGUGUUAGUAGUUCUGGUUUGUUUUUCAUGUCGUCAUGUGCUUCGCCAUGCCUGCGCUGGUCUGUAAAUAUAUAAACAAUUUGUUUUCCAACCACACCGCUGUUCUUGAUGGGAUCAAGAACACUGGAAGCCAUUGAGAAGAUAUGCUUUGAUUAUAGUA